UGUUAAUUAUAUUAUUAUAUUAUUAUUACUAAAAUAAGUUUCACCGGUUAUAUUGAGCUUCUGUGUUCUUAUUGACUAUUGUAUAGUAUUUUAUAAUGCAGUGAUAUUGCAGAAGAAUCUAAAAUCUAAAAUCUGAAUAUAAGUUAGUGAGUGAACGUGGCCGCUGGUGAGUGGACGUCUUGCAACACGUUCCUGGCAUUACUCUUACCUUAGAAGGAUUUCUCAAGUAUAACAUACUCAGGCAAAACUCUCAAGUAUAAUACCAAAAUGAGGUGUCACUAUGAGGUGUUAGGGGUUUCCCAGAGGGCCACAGAUAGUGACCUGAAGAAAGCCUACCGCCAGAUGGCUCUAGUUUGGCAUCCAGACAAGAACCCAGACAAUAUGGAAGAAGCAAAAGUUCAAUUUCAGUUAAUUCAGGCUGCGUACGAUACGCUCUCGGACCCACAAGAGAGAGCCUUCUAUGACCGUAACAGGGAAAGCAUCCUUAGAGGCAAAGCUUCUGGCUCGGAUCCUAAACCAGAAACUGUAGAUCUGUUUGAGUACUUUUCAUCUCAGUGUUAUUCUGGCUUCAAUGAUUCUGAAAAAGGCUUCUAUACUAUAUACAGGCAAGUGUUUGAGAAGAUUGCUGCCAAGGACAUGCAGUAUAUGGAUGACGAGGAAGAAAUAAUUAUACCAAACUUUGGCUCCAGUGACACUGAUUUAGAGGAUGUAGCUGAAUUUUAUGGUUAUUGGUCAAGUUAUUGCACAUCAAUGGAUUUCCAUUGGGCUGAUGAGUUUGAUAUCCGUGAAGCACAGCGAAUGGGACGCUGGGUAGAGAAAAAAAUUGAGAAGGAUAACAAUAAGGCUCGUCAAAAGGCCCGCAGGCAGUUUAAUGAAGAAGUCAGAGCACUUGUUGCAUUUGUCCGAAAGAGAGAUAAGCGCUGGUUGGCACGCAAGAAAAUUAUUGAAGCCAAGAUAGUUGAAAAUGCGCAGAAACAAGAAGCAGCUCAACGCCGGCAGCGAGAGGCAAGACAAAUGAAGAUGAAGGAAGAUAUUGAGCAAGAGAAAGCUAACUUGGCAGCUUAUGAAGAUGAACUCAAGGCAAUGGAGGAAAAGUUUGCCAAUGAGUGGGGCCUUACAGAAAGUGAUAGUGAUGAUGAUCUUGAGGAGGAUGAAGUGGAAAUAAAUGAAUUAAGAGAAGAUAAGGGAGACCUUGAAGAAAGUGAAGAGAGACUUCUAGAUAACUUGUAUUGUGUGGCCUGUAACAGAUAUUUCAAAACUGAAAAAUCGAAGGAAAGUCAUGAACGGUCUAAAAAACACAAAGAAAACUUGGAGAGACUUAAAGCUACAAUGUUUGCAGAUGAAGAAUUGUAUUUUACAGCUGAUUGUCAUGAUUCCAAGACGGUGAAAGAUAAUUCACAAAGUGAGGAAGAUGUAGCUGAGCAACCGAGAUCUUCAAAGAAAAAGAAGAAAAUGAAAAAAAAGGCUGCAACAGAAGAGCUUACUGAUUCACCUGUCUCAGAAUCCAUUGAUAAGAGAAAAAAAUCUAAGAGAAAAAACAGACAAAGUGUUGAUGAAUUAGAAAUAAAUGUUAAAAAUUUUAUUGAUGAAAGUGAGAGCAAAACUGAGAGUGAUCUUCCAGUUAUUAAUGGGCAUGAUGAAGCAAAUGAACAAAACAAGGAAAUAUCUGCACAGGUUGAGAGUGAAGAAGAAAUUGAUAAAAAUGAGAAAAAUGAAGAUGCUGACUCAACCCCUUUAGAUAAUAAAGAUAAAAAGACUGAGAGAACUAAAUUAGAACCAGAUAGUAGAGAAAGAUAUGAGAAACCUGAAACCAAACCAAAGUUGAAAGGAAAGAAAGCUAAGGAAGCCAGAAAACAAGCUCGGGAAGCAAAUAAUUGUGUUGAACAAGAUGUACAGGUAAAUAAAUGCACCAUCUGCGGCAAUAUGUAUCCAUCUAAGAAUAAAUUGUUCAGCCACAUUAAGGCUGAAGGACAUGCAGCUCUCAAAACACUUGGCAAAGAAGUGAAAGGAAAGAAUAAAGCUAAAAAUUAAUUGUUAUGAACUGUAUUGUUAUAACUUAUUUAUUGCAUAAGUAGUUGACAUGAAUAAUAAUACAUUUCAAUAUCCAUUUUUGUUUAUUUGGAAAGAAGUUUACCUAGCUGAUAUUCAAUACCUGUUAAAUCAGAAAGCUUUCCAAAAUAUUUUUUAACAUUUAAUUUUAAUUAACACUUGAACAUUUUUUAAAUAUUGAACUUGAAGAUUCUUUACAGUAAAACCUCUGUUUAAGGAAUUUUGCAAAUUUUUAACAAAAAAAAAUUGGCCAGACAAGCAGAAGCAUUGGACUAAAUGGACAAAAGUCCUUAAUAUUGGAUUUUGUCCAUAGCAGUGGUGUCCGGUUCAACAACUCCAAUAUUUGUUCAGUAGAGGCCAGAGCGGCCAUGUUCAGGACCUGUGUGUUUUCGUUGUUCCGUGUCCAUAGGUUGCCAUGCCAGUUUGUGCUCACACACACACUCAUCAUUCAUUCUCCAAUUUUCCCUGGAUUUACAGUGUUUUGUGUGGCUUUAUAAACAUUAAGUACAGCACAGUUAACAAUGGAUUCUAAAGUAAGUAAUGGUGUCUAGUGGAAACAUGUGGUUCUCAGUGUUAGGCAGAGACUUGAACUAAUAAAGAAGGUUGAGCUUGGCUUCUCAGUGGUGUGUCUUCUCAGCUAUCUACAUUAUUUUUGCUAGAGCUUUACAACUAUGACUCAAAAUAAUACUAUAAGUUCUUUUGAGUCGCCACUACCAAUCACGGCAGUUUACACCUUAUCUUUCCACCACAAAAAGAUAGGCAAAAUUAUUGUAAAUUAUGUAUAGUACUGUAAAAUUACUGUACAGUACUGUACUGCAGCUCUACAGGUUGCAAUACCUGUAUUCUUAGUGUCUGGUUGUUUUCUGCAUCAGUGGACCAAGUCUGCUGAUUCAGAACUUUGUUUAUGUUACGAUCAUGAAAAAUUAGUCAGCAAUAUCAGAUAUCCUCUACCCCUGUUAGUUAGAGGGUUCAAUGCAUUUCAGUAUAUGCUCUUUAGAGGUAUAUUCAUAAAGCAGCGACAACAUCCUGGACACACAGAUCACCCCACGUAAAAGAACUUAGAAAAAGCAUCUUCAUAUUUGCAGUGUACAGUAUGUAUUGAACUCUGUUCUCUGCAGUUCCUCAUUUUCUGCUACAUCAUUUGAACAUGCUUUUUGUUAAAGUAUUUUGCAUUCUUAUUGUGUAAUAAUUCAUUAUUAAAAGUUAAUUAUAAAUAUAAAGUCCUUGAAUAGAGAAUAAUCCACAAUAACCCAAUAACCAUUGUGGCUUAUUACCAUCGAGCUUUUUUGAAACUUUCCCAGGAUGCAAUCUACCACAGUUUGUCAUGUAGGGGGGUAAUGAUUAGGGGAAUAUGGUAGGUAAUGUGAGGUCACUGGUGACUACACCUUCACCUCUCAUUACUUUACCCACCACUCCACACUACUCACCCUCUCACUACUUUAACUAAACAUAAAUAAAUGGAGAAAAUAACGGGGACAGUGAAUAUUACUAUUCUACUCAAACACAGCUUAUUAUUAAGUCCUUGUACAAUAAUAUAUUUGGGAACAGGAGUACAUCAUUGGGGUUUAGAUAAAUGGGGUGGUACACAUAAGCAGUGAGACUGGGAAUACAAUCAACUUGACGAAAAUGAAUAUAACUUACAAUAUAGUACAGAGGACAGUUCACUACAGGAGCUAAGCCACAGGUCCCAAGACCUACACAGCACGAGUACUGCUCCAAGCCAGUACUCUGCCCAAUGUCUCCAACAGUCUCUCCUCCCAAGACUCUCCAGCUCAGCUCUGCUCCCAGGCCAGAGCUCUGCCCGAAUCUCCUCUGCUCAGCUGUUCCUUGGGUUUAUAUGGUGGUCCAAGCACACCCCACAACCACGUGUACGACCUGACGCCUAGGUCUGAUGCCGUCAAGAACAAAAGACCUCAGACGUGGGAGUGGCUGACAGACGUUUGCCAAGGCAAGGUGUGACCAUAUAAUUGGUUAAAUUAGGUCUCCCCAGAGACCUCACAAGCCCAGCUGGACUAAAUCACAUCCCCCUUUCUCCCCAAUUUAAAAUAUCUGAGAACUAGGACAAUUUGUCCUAGUUAUUAGACUGUU